AAACUUUCGGACAAACAGGUGAUUCGGUUUCUCGGUAGCGUCCAAACAAUAGGCUACGCCUCCAAAGGGGCGUAAUAGAGACACUUCUUGAUGCAGGCUAGUCAGUGCAUCUCAGAGUACCUAAUACAUUGAAGUCCACUCACCAUUGUGCCUACCAGACUGCAGUUUUAAUGAUGCCAGCCAUGGCGAGGAUUGUCAUUGUGAUGUUUGGUUUGAUCGCUCUUGCAACAGCGGCAUAUAUUCCAGAUGGCGCAACAGAGGUCGACUGUACGGAGUACCUUCUCCCAAUGUGUACCCGCGAGUAUGAUCCUCUCUGUGGAACGAACGGCGUGGAGUAUUCCAACGAAUGCAUGCUGUGUCUCCACAACUUGGAGGCGAAGGAGAACAUCUUCGUGAACCACAAGGGUCCAUGCUAAAUCCAAGGUCAACGACCCCAUCACAUGACAACGUCAAGUCUUCCCUUAGGUGUACCCGUGGCUCACAUGUAGGACAUGUUAACUUACUAAAUAACUAUAUACCUUUCUGGUGCACGCCCACUAAUUGUUGACAAUUUUCCAUGGAAUCAAUUUCCAUUAAAGAAUUGCAUUUAACCUUUUAGUUUUGUGCUUUUAGUGUAGAAAACCAGGUCACAGUUUUCACAGCAUUUUAAACACGUGUGAAGAUUGCCCAGACUUGUUCAGUUUAGUUACUAGACCUAAUGGAAUGUGUUUUAAAUUCUUUUAAGUUCUGUUCCCUGUUUCUUUACAUCACUUUUUAAUAAUAAAAAUGUUAAAACCUA